AUGUCUCGCACUGGCUUGGAGUACAGACUUUCCAUUACUCAGAUUCUGCAAUUCACAUCGCUCUAUCAAGUUCCUGUCGUGGGUCCCGAUGUUUGCGGCUUCAGUAGCAAUGUCACCGAGACACUAUAUGCCAGCUCUUUCUAUAUAUUCUUCCGCAAUCACGCCAAAAUCUCCUCGACCUCACAAGAAUUCUACCGCUGGCCAACAGUCGCCGAGUCCGCUCACAAGAGUAUCUCAAUCAGAUACCAGCUCCUGGACUAUAUCUACACUGCCAUCUACAAGCAAAACCAGACCAGUACUCCUACUCUCAACCCUCUCUUCUUCAACUACCCUAACGACACAAACACCUACCCCAUCGACCUACAAUUCUUCUACGGCAACAGUAUCCUCAUCAGCCCCAUCACUAAAGAGAACAGCACAAAGUACAUCUCCGCCGAAGUCAAUUACACCGACAUCACAGUCCACUACAAGUGCGGCAUCGUCUACUCCCAGCACAUCGAAAGCGCCAACACAACCACAGCACUUCGCAAGAUGGGCUUCAACAUCGUCAUUGCGCCCGGUCUCGACGGGACUGCCGAGGGUUCGCUUUAUCUCGACGACGGCAAGUCAGUCGUGCAGGACGUUGUGUCUGAGAUUGACUUUAAGUAUGCCCAUGGCAAGCUUAGUAUGACUGGAACUUUUGAGUAUGAUAUUGGUGUCAACAUUGAGACUAUCAUAGUUCUUGGCGUGGAUAGCAAGCUAAAGACUCGCCAUGCGGAUUAUGACGCGAAGAAUAAGAAGUUGGUGGUUCAUGUUGAUGUUCCUUUGACGAAAAAGGCUCAUGUCAAGGUUUUGUGA